AUGGAGGUAUUUGGCAAAUCUAUGGUAGCUGGCCCUACCAAUGUUAUUUACCUGUCUAGUAUUCUUGGCCAGGAUGGGCCCAAGCCCAUCCACAAGUGUGACUGGAGAUGUCAAAACGAACAUGUGUGUGGCAAUAUGUACCGAUGCAGGCUAACUGGGCUGACCCACGUUUGUGACAAAAACUGUAACCAGAGAAUCUUGUAUGACAACCAUAGUUCCCUCUGUCGAGUGAGCAAACAGAUUUUUCCUCUGACAUUGGUGGAGCAACAGGCCGUGAAGGGUGUUCGGAGAAAGCUCGACUCAGAGGGUGGGCCCACUGAAAGCUGUGGCUUCAAGCGGAGGAGGGACACUCAGCUUCACCGUCCAUCGCCUUUCGAGAGGUCGUUUAAUGCUGUGGGACCCAUUUGCAGCCCGGUUGGCGAUGUUAUGGAUAUGAACUAG